GUAGCAGCAGUGAUCAGUCUGUCUCCAGUUAGCUGUAUAACAAAGUCCUGAGGAAACACAGCGGCCUCCCAAGGAACAGCCUGCCUGUCUGCCUCAUUUCAGAGUGGGUUAUUGAAGCCGAAGCCUGGUGCUUCAGUCCGGGAAGACUGCAGAGAGUCCUCCCCUGUAUUCCUCCGCUACGGUCUGGGAACAGCAUCUAUCUCCACUCUUGCUGUAACCAUGUUAAUGUCCCUCUGUGGGACCAAUAAAGGACUUCUGAUUCUGCGGACAGACAGAAGAGAGGGGGGAGGGGCGGGUUGAAAUGCGGCCUUCUUCUUUUCCCGAAGAGUCCUCUUCCUCGCAGUCCACCGUAUCCCAGGAUGCAAGCGCGCCAGUAACGAGGAAACAAAGAAAAUGUCGGUCCGGUCUCAGAGAGAAAGCAGCACGUGAGGAGUAACUGAUAAACGAAAAUUCUGGAGGACCGUGUCUGCUGGGGAAUGAGCUGCCACCCACACAGGACCCCCCUUGGUGAUAUUGUCUUAUCAUAUACACAACUACGGUGUAGUUAUGCCAUGCAAACACGUCCAGCAGCUGGUGGUGGUUAAAGAAGAGGUUCCCCCUGAGCAGCAGGAGUGGAGCUCCAGUCUGGACCAGGAGGACCCAGAGCCCCCCCCACACAUUAAAGAGGAACAGGAGGAACUCUGGAGCAGUCAGGAGGGAGAGCAGCUUCAAGGGCUGGAGGAGGCUGAUAUCACCAAGUCCACAUUCACUCCUGUCCCUGUGAAGAGUGAAGAUGAUGAAGAAAAACCUCAGUCCUCUCAGCUUCAUCAAAGACAAACUGAACACCUGGAAACAGAAGCUGAUGGAGAGGACUGUGGAGGACCAGAACCAGCCAGGAACUCAGAUCCAGAGAGACAUUUACAACCUGAGACUGAGGACUACCCUGGAGACUCUUCUGAACCUGACACUGAAGACAGUGCUGAUUGGAUGGAAACCAGAGAACCAGGUUCAAACUCUCAGGAAAAUAAACAAAACCCUGUCAGUGAAUCAAGACGUAGUGCAGGAGAGAAACCAUUUGGCUGCUCUUUUUGUGAGAAAACAUUUACACAGAGAGGACAUUUAAAUCGGCACAUGAGAGUCCACACAGGAGAGAAACUAUUCAGCUGCACAAUUUGUAAGAAAUAUUUUGCAGAAAGAGGAAAAUUAAAUCAGCACAUGCGUAUCCACACAGGAGAGAAAACAUUUGGCUGCUCUUUGUGUGGGAAAGAUUUUCGCCGCAAGUCAAAUCUAAAAGUACACAUGAGAAUCCACACAGGAGAGAAACCAUUCAUCUGCACAAUUUGUGUCAAAAGAUUCACCUGGAGUCAUCAUAUCAAAUUACAUAAGUGUGUUGGUCGUCAGUCC